UUUUUCAGAAGGACAGUCCUUCUGGCACAAAAAGCCCAGCAUCACACGUUCAAACUCGCAUCACUAAUGCAUCAACAGCUGCAUAUAUCGUGCGCGUUAACUUUGCUGUCGUGGCCGUGCAUACGGCUCCUUUCAGGCUCGAACUGUUUUAAAAAGCGCCCCUCCAAGUGCUGGAGUGCGAUUGAACUUGAAAGCCCGUCUCCAGCUUUUUUUUUCAUUUUUCGAACAAGAGACAAGCAUAGAAAGCAAAAAUGGCUCCGUGGCUUAUGGGCGAGAAGUUCAACACUGUCUACCCGCACAAGGGGUCGAUCAAGGCCCUUUGGGAGACGAAGUGGAAGUUUGCUUGUGAGAAGUCGGUCUAUCCCUUCCACGACGGCUCGAUUGAGGAUUUUGAGCCCAUCUUCCAGAAGUUGAUCAAGGAAAACAUCAACGAUGCCUACGAAGACGCCUACACACAGGCCUUCUUCCCCAUUGCCGAAUCCCUCGAGCAACAAGCCACCUCCGCCCUGAACAACAAGAACCCGCAAGAGGCCUCGGACCUUCUCCGCCGCGCCGCCGUCGUCUACCGCAUUUCGCGCUUUCCCUACGUCGACCCGACCAAAGACGACAUCAAAAAGGAAGCAUUCGCCCGCCAGAAGCGGGUUUACCUGCAGGCCGCCUCCUUCUGGACCCCCAAGAUCGAAGAAGUGAUCAUCCCGCACAAGAACCAAGCGGCAGCCGACGGUCCUAACGUGCCGCUCUUCGUGCGCACCCCAGAGCACGCCUCCGCCAACGCCCCCGUGCCCGUGAUUCUGUUAAUGACGGGGCUAGAUGGCUACCGCCCGGACAACAGCCAGCGCACCCACGAGAUCCUAAACCGCGGCUGGGCCGUCGUCAUCGCGGAGAUUCCCGGCACCGCCGACUCCCCUGCUGAUCCCAGCGACCCCGCCGCUCCGGACCGCCUCUGGGACACCGUGCUGGACUAUAUUGCCAGCCGGCCGGAGCUGGAUGCCUCGCGCGUUGCCGCCUGGGGCUUGAGUGCCGGCGGCUUCUACGCUAUCCGCGCCGCCCACACCCACCGUGACCGGCUGCGCGGGUGCAUCGCCCACGGGCCCGGGUGCCAUUACUUCAUGGAUAGGGAGUGGCUGACCCGCGUCGAUGAUCACGAGUAUCCUUUCUUGUUAACCCGCGCUUGGGCCAAGAAAUACGGCUACAAUGACGUGGACGACUUCCGCGUCAAUGCCCAGAAGAAGUUCUCGCUUGUCGAGACCGGUAUCGUUGACCAGCCGAGUACCCGGCUUCUUCUGUUGAAUGGCAUCGACGACGGCGUCACCCCCAUCGAAGACUGUCUCGUCUUGUUCAACCAUGGAAGUCCCAAGGAAGGACGGUACGUAACAUACCUUACAAAAUCUGCUGAGAAGCUCUUCCCCCGGAACGAUCUGUUCCACGCUUGUCUUUCUUUUUCCGUGGUGUCUUUUUUUCUCCCGCACAAGCCGAGCUUUGCCAAGCUGACUGACUAUAUCCAUACUCAAUGCAGUUUCUUCCCCGGUCUUCCGCACAUGGGAUACCCACACAGCCUGCCGGUGUCGUACAAAUGGUUGGAGGAGGUGUUGGAGUCGAAGUCUGCCAUGCUUAAGAAUUGAAAAGAUGGGUUGGGUUGAGUUGCCUCCGGGACAAGUCGGGGCACUCACGUCGAGGGUAACAGGCUACAGGAAAAAUCCAAUGCGCUUGAUUCUCGU